CAGGCAGGCAGGCAGGCAAGCACAGGAAAAUAGCCGUCGCUGUUGAAAGCCGGGACAGGUUACUCCGGCAGUAAGCAAGUGGCAAGUGUUAGUCGCCCGACAGCACUUGCCACGAAUAGGCAUGCGAUGGUCCCGUUAAGUACCGAUCUUACGCUUACUUGUCGUCACAUCGACUCAAAUCUCGAGCAGUGAAUCAUUUUCGAAUUUAAAAAGUGACAAAGUUUAUAUAUAGAUAAUAUAAAUAGAUAUAUUUCUUGAUGAAAAAUCGUUAAAUUUUAUUUUUCAUAUAACAUAGGAAAAAAAGAACGAGAGAAAGAGAGAGUGAGAGAGAGAGAGAGAGAGAGAGAGAAAGAGAGAAAGAAAGAAAGAAAGAAAGAGAGGGAGUGUCUGUCUGUUAGUUAUUCGCGUGUCCAGUGAUAGACAAAAUAAUGAAUAAGAGGAUAGCAUAUGUCUGCAGGAGUACAGGAACGAGUGAAUGCAUUUGAGCGUGUGCGUGCACGUGCGUGUUCGUCGGAAUAGUGUUUCUGAUCCUGAUCGACCUCGAAGACGCGCGAUCAUCUGCCUUCGAGGACACGAUGCUGAUGCUGACGAUUCGCCUCGCCGUACUUUCGAUCUUCCUUCAACAUUAUGUCGCCGCUAAUUCAAUCAUUUCCGCUAAGGAACAAUGCCGGAGGAGAAUAGCCGAGUGCACGAUGGAUGACGAUAAAAGUGCGCCGGUAUGUGGAAGCGACGGUGUCACGUAUCCUAGUCAGUGUCAGGUCAUUUCGAAGCAGUGCCAGGGUGUAUCUGUCCUAAUUAAACACACCGGACCCUGUCCAGAAAUGCCGCCAUGCUUUUCGGCGAGACUAUCGUCACGAGUGGGAUCACGACCGGUUUGCCGGCCAGAUGGUACGUAUGCGCCGGUGCAAUGCCACAUGGAGACCGGGUUUUGCUGGUGCGUAACAUUGCAAGGACGUCCACUGCCGGAUACCUCGGUGAGGCACCAAAGACCGAGAUGCGAGAAACUCGCUUCCAGAUCAGCCGUUGCUACUAGGAGUGGACAGAGAAGACGUUCCUCUAAUUGGAAGGAACGAAGACAGUAUAGCAGUAGACAUCGAAAUACAUGUGAUCGUCUUGAAAAAUCCAAGUUUAAUAAUAAUCUCAUAGAGAAUUUUAGGAUCGAAUAUAAACGAGCGAAUAUAUCAGCGACUGGUGACAAAAACGUGGAACGCGUAUUGUCUUGGAAAUUUGCUACUUUAGACAAAGAUGGAGAUGGUUAUUUGGACAGAGCAGAAUACAAGGAACUUCGAAAGCUUGCUAAAAAAGCAGUUAGACCUAAAAGAUGUGCACGCACGUUCGCCCGAACUUGCGAUCUCAAUCGAGAUCUCAAACUCUCGAGGCAAGAAUGGGGUGCUUGCCUGGCCAACGAUUUCACUCUACGUUUGUUCUUGUCGCUGAACUCCGCAGCAGAUCCUCCCGAGGUCCCCGAGGACCAGAGGACACAGGCCACUGAUCAAGUACUCAAAGGUAAUUCCUCGCCUGUACAUUCAAGGCCUACGUUUAACGAUAAUCCAGCCGAUACCAAAGAAGAAAACGAUGCGACUGACUGUAUAUCGGAUAGGCGAUCGGUGUUGGAAGAUCAAAGACAAAAUUCACAAGAAAAAUUUUAUAUACCACAAUGUACACCCGAUGGUAGAUACCAUCGAGUACAAUGUUAUUCCGGUUAUUGUUGGUGCGUUUAUCAAGAUACAGGGAAACCUAUACCUGGAACAUCUUCGAAAGACAGUACACCAAAUUGUAAUCCAGCACCCACACCUAGCAGACCAAUGAAGGGAUGUCCCGAAUUGAAAAAACAAAUUUUCCUACGAGACUUGAUGGAUUUAAUGCAAAAGAAAAUGAAAGCGUCUAGUACGGAUUCGAGCGAGAUAACAGCCAAUUGGCAAGCUUCCAAAGAAGAACAAGUAGCCACAUGGCACUUUGUAAUGCUCGAUAAAAACAAGAAUAAGAUUUUAGAAAGAAAAGAAUGGAAGAGUUUUCGCAUCAUGGUCUCCAACAAUAGGUUGCUUCGUAAAUGUGGUAAAAAAUUGCCUAGGUAUUGUGAUAUUAAUAAUGACAGAAGAAUCAGUAUGACGGAAUGGUUGAGCUGCCUGAAUGCUCAACAUUCGGUAACAUCUGAAAAUCCGGAAAAAUCAUCUACAAGCAAGCCAAAGAGGAUGGGUCCUAAUCCAUUGGAUCAAUUUCUCAAUGACGACGAUUAAUAGAAACCUUUUGUGAUACAUACUUUAUCAUCUAAUCUAUGCAAUGCAAAGGCAUUGUAAUAAUUUAGUAUUAUUCAGUCAUAGAACUUAUUUGAAAAUGAGAUUGAAAACUUGGAAAGAUCAUUUAUUAAUUUCACGUUGUGCUUUUACUUCGUAUUUGACGAUAAACAAGAAUUUCAUACAUUUUUCACAUAAUAUUAUCAAUCGCUGGUAAUCUAUCAAUGGGAUAAAGAAUUAUUCUUUAUUUUGCAAUUAUUACUUUAUCCGAGAUAUUCAUUUUAAUUACUUUUAAGGGAUAAUUGAAUGUAAAUCAAAAUAAAAAAAACAUUGUAUAUAAAAAUCAAUUGUAAUUUCAAGGAUAAACAACAAUGGUAAAUUUGUGAAUAUAUUUUUGUAUACUUGUCUUAAAAAUAUAGAUACUGUUCGUAAUAUUAUUCUAAUAGUAUCUAGGUACAUAUCCAAGAUCUUCUUUUAUUAUCAUAAAAGAUAAGAUGAACACAGAAACAUCAGAACCGAGAAGAUUCGAACGUUUAUCUCGAUUCAUUAUUAAUAGUCCGACAAUCCGUAUAAUACAGUGAAUCAUACGAGACUUUUUACAAAUACAACAACAACACGCGAGAUUAUAUAUUAGUACAUCAGAUUAUGGACUGUGAUGAGUCUUAUUGUUAGAGAAUAAAACCAUAAAUUUAAAUAUACUUUAUACAUUUAUAUAGAUCUUUAAACAACAUCGUUUAACUUACGUUUGAAUAUGUGUGUGCGUUUUGUUUGGAUAUGAGAGCACAGGUUUAUAUAGAGUAUAUAUAUAAAUAUAAAUACAAAGAAUAAUGCAUUUAUCAGAGCAUAAUUACGUACAAAAGAUAACAAAUUUAUAUGGACACGCUCACGCAUACGUAUAUAUAUAUAUAUAUAUACACACACACACACACACACACAAUUUAUACAAUUUUUUCAUUCAAUUUCAUGUAACACUUUUAUAACUUAACAACUUCUUCACAAUUUUAUUCGCAAUUUCAUUUGAUAAACACGCAGUGGUAUAGCUAACAUGUAUACAUAUAUUACAUUCUUGUAUAAGUUAUCAUACAUUAUAUUCUUAUGAUGAAAUCAGCAAUUAUAGAAACGUAACAGUACUAAACACAGGGUGUAAAAUAUAUAUAAUGAUGUUAAAUGACAGACUAAAGGAGGAGAUAGAAGAGAAAAGGAUAUUACUAAAGAUACAAACAGGGUUCAGGAAAAACAGAAGUACGAUAGAAAACAUAUAGAUCUAAUAGCAUAUGAUAGAGAAAGA